AUGCUGCUCAACAAGGGCGCCGACGUCAACGCGCAGGGUGGACUCUAUGGUAAUGCACUGCUGGCAGCUUCAUACAGAGGCCACGAGCAGAUAGUCAAGAUGCUGCUCGACAGCAAGGCCAACAUCAAUGCGCAGGGUGGAUACUACGGCAACACACUGCAAGCAGCUUCAGCUAGAGGCCGCGAGAAGGUAGUCAAGAUGCUGCUCGACAGCAAGGCCGAUGUCAAUGCGCAAGGUGGAGACUACGCCAACGCAUUGCAGGCAGCUUCAUUUGGAGGCCACGAGAAGGUAGUCAAGAUGCUGCUCAACAGC